AUGGGUAAUGAAGCUGGUGGAAGGGAGUCGCUUGGCUUCACAAAACUAGACCAAAAAAAUUAUUUGAGAACGAAGAGGCAAAAGAGUUUAGCAUAUGGGGAGGCAGGUAGCAUUUUGCAAUAUUUUCGUGAGAAAACAUUGGAGAAUCCAUCUUUUUUUUACUCGGUCCAAUUAGAUAAUGAGGAGCAGAUUACAAACACAAUUUGGGCUGAUGCUCAAAUGAUCAAGGAUUAUGGGCAAUUUGGUGAUGUUGUGACUUUUGACAGUACUUACAAGUUAAAUAGUGCACAUAGACCAUCUGUGUCUUUCGUUGGAUUUAACCAUCAUAGGGAAACUAUUAUAUUUGGCACAUCUUUGAUGUAUGAUGAGAUCGCCGAUUCUUUUAUAUGGAUUUUUAGAAGAUUCAUGGAGGCGAUGUCAAGUAAGGCUCCAAAAAUAAUUUUUACGAAUCAUGAUGUUGCAAUGAUUAAGGCCAUAACUAUUGUCAUGCCUAACACAAACCACUGCCUUUGCACUUGGCAUUUGAUGUAA